AUGAUUGCUCACGGGCAUGUUUUGUGUGGUCAGGUGCCCGGGGAUCACAAGAUUGUGUCAGUGGAUGACGAGGCGGACUGCGCGCAGCUGAUCAGGACGCUGGCAGAGGCUCACCCGAGCGCCCCCCUCUGGCGGAGGCAACGCCCCUGCCUCCUGGUCUACGCGGCCCACUUCUACCCUGCCGCCGAUGACACCGGAACACUCACCCUCACGGGCUAUGUGCGCCACCUGGGCCUGUCAGCAAACCAGAUCAUCCAUGUCCCGGGCGCGGGCGAUUUCCAAAUUGACCGCAUCGAGGGCGCUCAGGAGCCUACGGCGCUUGGGGCGGCGGCGCGGGUGACGAAGGGUGACUCAUCAAUGGAAGCUUCGGGGCCCGGUCUGGUGGUAUUCCCUGAUCCGGCAGCGCGCGAUGAGGUCAUCCGGGAGAACGAGGCCGACCCGCUGGCAGGAGAGCAGACAUGGCCAACAGACAUGGAGAUGCAGGAGGCAGAGCAGCAGGACAAGAAGAAGCGCCGUCUGCCCAGGGGUACCUCAGAGUACCAGGCGGCCUGGAUCACAGAGGACAUCGUGGGCGAGGGUGAGAGCAGCGAGGAUGACGAAGAGGAGGAAGACGCUGCAGGUGACGACGAUCAGGACGAUGUCAGGUCACUGGCGGGCACAAGAGCAGGAACAGAGGCCGGGGGCCUCAUGUCGGAGUUUGGGGGAGAUGACACGGAGGUUGAUGACAUGGCGGAUGACGAGGAGGGUAGCGCUGACGUGGGCGUUGACCUCAAGCAGCGCUGGCGCGAGCAGCAGGAUGAUGUCAUGUUCCCAGACGAGGUGGAUACGCCAAGGGAUAUAGGGGCGCGUGUGCGAUUCGCCAAGUACCGGCACCUGAAGAGCUGGCGCAGCAGCGGGUGGGACCCCAAGGAGAGCCUGCCACGCGAAUACUCGCAAGUCUUCGCCUUCCAAAACCACAAACGCGCCCACAAACGGUGCGGCACAAUCGCGGCGGCCGAGGCGGUGGGCGGCCCGGAGGACUGCCACGGCGUGCCCGCGGGCACUUACGUAACCGUCCACGUUGCGCGCGUUCCCACCGCGGCCGCAGCCGCCGCCGUCGCGCGCGGCGAGCUGCCUCCGCUGGCAGUGUUUGGGCUGCUGCAGCAUGAGACCAAACUGAGCGUGGUUCACUUCUCGGUGCGCAAGGCGGCAGCGCUCGAAGAUCCGCUGCCCAACAAGACCGAGAUGCUGCUCGUCACAGGCCUCAGGUCGUACACUGCGCAGCCAAUAUUUUCCACGGACGAGCCGAGCGGCAGCCGCUUCAAGAUGGAGCGCUUCCUGCACCCGGGCCGCCAAAUCGUGCUCAGCGUGUACGGUCCCAUCUGCUUCGGGCCGCUGCCCGUACUCGCCUUCCUGCGCGGCCCGGACGGCUCCCUGCGCCUGGCAGCCUCCGGCACGCUGCGCAGCUGCGACCCAGACAGGCUGGUGAUAAAGAAGGUGGUGCUGUCGGGCUACCCAGUCAAGGUGCACAAGAAAAAGGCCUUUGUGCGCUGGAUGUUCUUCAACCCAGAAGACAUCCGCUGGUUCCGUCCUGUCGAGCUUUGGACCAAGCACGGCCGCCGCGGACGCAUCAAGGCGAGCAUUUUUGCACCCCUCCAUGACAUCAUGCAAAACCUCAGAUAUUUUUCAUGUGGUGCGUCUGUACAGGAGCCGAUGGGGACGCACGGGACGAUGAAGUGCAUGUUCGACGGCUUUGUCACACAGCAGGAUGCAGUGUGCAUGUCCCUCUACAAACGCACCUUCCCCAAAUGGCCAGCAGACACCGCAGCUGGCAGCUUCUGCUGA